GACGUUUCGGGCCGAAACCCUUCCACAUCUCGGCCUAGCUCAUCGCUGUUCGAUAGCUCUGCGCUUGACAAUCUGGCCUGCCUCGAUAGCUCCGUCAGCUACUUGCUGCCCUGUUUGAGUAAAAUGGCGGCGAUGAUGGAGAGUAGAGGUUUUGAUAUUAGUCUUGCAGCGUUACAGCGACAGGAUCCGUACAUUUUUCAUAUUGUGGAUGUGGCCAGCCAGGUAGCACUAUAUACCUUCAGCCAGAGAGACAAUGAAUGGGAAAAAACUGAUGUUGAAGGGACUUUAUUUGUUUAUGCAAGAUCUGCUUCUCCCAGGCAUGGCUUCACCAUCAUGAACAGAUUGAAUGUGGAAAACCGGACCGAACCAAUUACCAAGGACUUGGAAUUCCAGUUACAGGACCCCUUCCUGCUCUACAGAAAUGCUCAAUUUUCUAUCUAUGGGAUCUGGUUCUAUGAAAAAGCGGAGUGUCAAAGGAUUACAGAGCUUAUGAAAAAUUUAACUCGGCUGGAGCAGUUGAAAGCCCAGCAGGGAGUUGAAUCACCAAACUGUAGUAACAACAAAGCUGUUGAUAUAGUACAGAUGUUGUUCAAAGCUGAACAUGAGUAUAAUAAGGUCAAACAAUCCACUGAACCAAAACAAAUAACUAGUUCCAGUCUCAUUCCUGACAAUUCAAACCUGAUCAAACCAAUUCCCAUUAAAUUAACUGAUAUUGGAACAGAUGCUCGUUAUCAACAAUCAAAACAACAAGACAAGAUUGCAGAACUAGGAGGAAAACAGUUGAAUUUGGUGGCUUUGUUUGGUACCCAAGAAAGACCUGCUUCAAAGGAUAUUUCAAAUGAAUUACAGGAAUCCAAAAACAAAGCUUUCAGUCGACCAGCUGUGGUGCGUUCUUUGUCUUAUGAGGAGCCUCGGAGACUGCCAAAACAUGAAAUUUCACAAUCUACUAAAAAACAGUUUUGUCCUGCUGUUCAGAAACUGAUGAGUCGUGGGGCUGAUCUUCAGCCCGUGUCUGAGUUACCAGAAAAUUGCCCCUGUAAAAGUCAAAAAGAAAAAAGUGUUGACAAAUCAUUAACAGGACUGUUACAAGGGCACUCUUCAAUGGGAAAUGUUUUCCCACAGCAAAACUCUUUAACUGAAACUGGUCCUUUCUUCUCCACUGGAACUUGUAACUUACUUCAAAAUCUACAUCCUACCCAGACACAAGUUCCUACAUCUUGUGCUUCAACAGUGCAGUCUGAACUUUUAUUAUGCAGACCUCAGAAUGGGUCUCAAACACAGCCUAUUGCUCUUCCUCAUCGUACCCAUCAUAGCUCCAGCCUGCAAAUUCAUCCUAAAGCAUUGACUUUGGACCAGACAAAGAGAACUUCUGUGGUAAAUAGUGGCAGUGGUCAAGCGUCUGAUAUUAUAUCUCCUCAUGAGUUACUUCAGAAGCUGCAGAUAGUCCAACAGGAACAGCAACAACAUUUUGGAAAAUUGACUCUUGCAGCUAAAUUUUCGGCUCAACCACUACCUAUGGUCAAUCAGCCAAAUUGUUCUUUGAAGCCUUUUAGUUCUCAGGCAGACAAAACUAUUAAUUCACAGAAUCAUAACCUUUUUCAGGUAAUUUCACCACAACGUAUUCCAGCAACAGUGGUGCCAUCGCUAUUGAUGUCACCUAUGGUGUUCUCUCAGUCUGCUGUGGGAAAGCCAAUGACAGAUGCAAAUACCAUGCCUUUACCACAGUGUGAUACCAAACCAGAUACUAAACCACUGCAUAGCUGUUUGCUUCCGUCUGUACAGGUUGCAGAGCAAACAAGUAAAGGGCCAAAUGUGCUUACCAAGAUUCAGUUACAAGAAACUCUUUUGUACCUGUUGCAGAAUGAUCCCAAUUUUGUGAAUGUCAUUUAUGAAGCUUAUCUCAUCAGCCAGACAAACACUGCAGCAGAGAAGUAAAUUUGAAAGUUUGGAUACAAGAUGUAAAUGUAGAUUUAUUUUGAUGAAGAUGAUCAGAUGGUACUUUGCUAAAGAUGUUCUUGCUAUUUUUUAAGAGUUUUAUUUUUGAAACUGUUGUCUUUGCUUGAGCUACUUAAAGUUCUUCUUUUCACACUGGAUAACAUUAAUUGCUGAUCAGGCUUAUUUUUAACUAUGAUUAAGAUAAUUUAAAGAAGAAUUGAAAUUUCUGGUGAACCAAUUACAACUGUACACUACCAUUCAUGGUAAAUCAGUGUUGUAUUUUUUCAUUGAACAAAUAAAAUGCAAUAUCAGUUUGUCAUUGUACCAGCUAUGAACACCUAUAUUGGUACAGUGAAAUUUACCUUUACUUGUCUAAUGGGAAAUAAAUAUUAGUACUAUUACUUCUCU